CAUCAGACGCUCCAGAUGCCAGUGCACGCCGUCUUUCGUUCCGACCUGCGCACCUAUCCCGCGCCGCAAAAUUUAAAGAAUCUGGUUUAAUAGUUGCUGGUGGUGCAAUCCUAUCAGAUACUAAAUCCGAAGAUGCAGAAAUGGUUGGUAGCGUUCUGAUAAUGGAUGCUGAUAGUGAAGAAGAAGUAAGAAAAUUUCUUGAAGAGGAUCCAUAUGUUGUCAAUAAAGUUUGGGGUGGAUAUGAGAUUAUGGGAUUUAAGUAG